UCCUCUCCAUGACCCGCCCAUUCGCCGCCGCCGCCGCCGCUGCUGCUGUCGGAGCCUGGUCAGGUGUUCGUUGAACAGCGACGUAAACUUUGCGUUUUAGGAAAAACAGAUUGGGAUUUUCGUGUGCGGACAAACGGAGUCGAGGCCAUGCUCAGACGGAUACUUCAGAUGACUCCUGGGAAGGGAGGCUCCCAGAACGCAGAGUCCGAGCAGCCCAGCACAGACCUCAAUCACGACCAGACGUCUGAGGGCUUCAUCUGUCCUCAGUGUAUGAAAUCUCACAACUCUGCAGAGGAGCUGUUCAAGCACUAUGAGCUGUUCCAUGACACCGGAGACCUGCCCGCUCAUGUGGCCCCCACGAGGGAAGACCUCACAAUGCUGCGGCAAGAGGUUCAGGACCUGCACGCUUCUCUCAAGGAGGAACGAUGGUUCUCUGGAGAGCUCAAGAAGGAGUUAGACAAAGUCACAGGACAACUGAAGCAAAACGAUGGGCCGGUGGACUCUGAAGAUUCAGCGCUAGAAAGGAAGUUGAACGAAGCAGAGACAGAAAAGUUCAACAUCAAGCAGAUGAAAGACCUGUUUGAGCAGAAAGCUGCGCAGCUGGCCACAGAGAUAGUAGACUUGAAGUCUCGCUAUGACGAGGAGAAGAGCCUGAGGGAGGCCGGAGACCAGAGGUCGGCCAAACUGACCGAACAGCUACAGAAAGAGAAGCAGGAGAACGAGCGACUCCAAACAGAACUGCUGCAGCGGCCGGGCGUGGAGGACGUGGAGGUGCUGCAGAAGGAGCUGGUGCAGGUCCAGACACUGAUGGACAGCAUGACUCGUGAGAGAGAGGAUGAGUCCGAACACCUCAAGAAACACUACGAGCAGCUGCAGGCUAAUUACACUACCUCAGAGAUUCGUAAACUUGAGAUGACUGUAUCCCAACUAAAAGCAGAGCUGGAGAAAGGUCCGCAGGAAGCAGCCGUCUACACGCAACAGAUCCACCAGCUGAGGAGCGAUCUGAAUAAUUUGCAGCAGCAAAGCCAGAGCCUGUCUGAAAAGCUUGCACGUAAAGAGAAGGAGUAUCAGGAGCUUGAGGAGCGUCUGGGAGCUGAGAAGGCCGCCAAGAAGGGAGUUCAAGGCAGCCUGAGGGAGAAGGAGCUGGAGGUUCAAGAGCUCCAGACCCGUGCCUCAGGGGCAGAGGCCUCCCUGCAGAAGGCCCAGGUGGAGAUCAGAGAGAGGGCUGAGGAGGUGGCCAAGUUGAAGAGCGAGAUCGGGGAGCUGGAGGUGAAGCACGCAGAGCUGAAGGUUGAGAGAAAACAGUUGGAGCAGCAAAGGGAAGAGAAGGAGAGCCACGGUGCUCAGCAGCAGACCGAGAUCGGUCAGCUGCAUGCCAAACUGCUGGAGGCGGAGAGGCAGCUGGGCGAGGUGCAAGGUCGUCUCAAAGAACAGAGGCAGCUGUCCGGGGAGAAACUGAAAGACCGCGAGCAGCAAGCAGCCGACCUGCAGCUCAAACUGUCCCGUGCAGAAGAACAGUUGAAGGAGAGUGCCAGUAAGAACACAGACGUGCAGCACCAGCUGGAGAAAGCCAAGCAGCAGCACCAGGAGCUGCAGGCGCUGCAGCAAAACACCAACGGCAAACUCCGAGAGGCGCAGAAUGACCUGGAGCAGGUGCUGCGCCAGAUUGGAGACAAAGACCAGAAGAUCCAGAAUCUGGAGGCUUUACUGCAGAAGAGCAAGGACAUCGUGAGCCAGCUGGAGGCCGAGAGAGAGGACUUGUGUGCCAAGAUCCAGGCCGGGGAGGGAGAGACGGCUCUGCUGAGCCAGCUGAAAGAGAAAAACCAUGCACUACAGGAACAGGUAACACAGUUGACAGACAAGCUGAAGAACCAAUCAGAGAGCAACAAGCAAGCCCAGGAUAACCUCCAUGAGCAGGUCCAGGAGCAGAAGACUCUGCUGCGUUCAGCCCAGGACCGAGCCCACACCCUGGAGACCUCGGUCACAGAACUCACCACUCAGCUCGCAGACAGCAAGGAGAAAGUUGCCCAGUUGGAUGCUCAGCUAAAGGCAAAGACGGAGAUGUUGCUAUCUGCAGAGGCUGCCAAGGCUGCACAGAAGGCUAACCUGGAGAACAACCUGGAGAGUGCCCAGCAUGCAUUGCAGGAUAAGCAGCAGGAGCUGAACAAAGCUCAGAAGAAGGUGGAAGAGCAGGCCCAGAGGCUGAAGGAGAGACAGGAGCAGUGCACGCAGCUGGAGGCCAGCGUGAAGGAGUUUAAAGACAAAUUAAUGGCCUCAGAACAACGUACAGAGCAGCUGGAGGGCCACAAUAAGAAAUUAGAGUCGCAGGUUGGGGAGUUGCAGACCACACGCGACCAGGUGCAGCAGGAAGUGCAGAAGCUGCAGAAGGAGGGGUCGGAGGUGAAACGGAAAGUGAAGGAGUUGCAGCGCUCGUUGGAGACGGAGAAAGCAGGGGCUACAACACUACAAGAGGAAUUGAAUAAAAAGGCAGCUGCUCUGAGUGACAUUCAGCAGCAGCUGGAGCGCAGCGAGCAGGACAAAUCUGCUCUGAAGGUGAACCUGGACAAGGUAACCCAGGAGGGAAAGACUCAGCACGCAGAGCUGGACAGAAAGGCUCAGAGCCUUGCAGCAGAUUUACAGAAGGCCCAGCAGGAGAAAGAGGCUCAAAAGAAGGAGCUCGCCUCUGCACAGGAGAGUCUCGGAAAGGCUAAGAAGGCACUGAAAGAGAGUCAGAGUCAGCUGGACACAGAGAGGAAGAGCCACAAGUCAGCCAUGGAAGAGAAGGAAAAGGCCAAUGAAAAGGCCAAACAGGAGCUUCUUACGAAUAAUGAGGCCAUCACCAAGGCAAUGAACCAGACUAAAGAGCAGUUGGAGCAGAUGAGAGAGGCAGAGAAAAAGUUGAAGGUGCAGCUGACCACAGCGGAGCAGCAGCACACAAAGACUCAGGAGGCGCUUAAAGAAAAAGAGAGUCAGUUGGAGAAGCAGCGGGCACAACUGAAGACGGCCCAGGGGUCUUUUGGGGAGGAGAUGAAGAAACUGAAGGGCCAAGUGGCAGAGUUACAGGAAGUGAAUGUCAAGAAGGUAGAAGAGGAGAGUAAGCUGAGGGCGCAGGUGUCAGGGCUCGGCCAGGAGCUGUCCUCUGAGAAGAGCCGGACAGCAGAGCUGCAGAAGGCCUUGGAGCAAAGCCAGGGAAGCCUCACUAAGCUUCAGUCUGACUUCUACGGCAAGGAGUCUGAAGUCUCUGCCCUGCGUCAGGACAUGAAGGCGUUGGAGGAGAAGCUGCACCUGGCUCAGGAGGAGCUGGCUGCCAACCGAACCCAUCAGACGGGUUUAGAGGCUCAGAUCCAGGAGCUGCAGACGGGCCGGGGCUCGCUGGAGCAGGAGCUGACGAAACGGGACCAGAAGCUCAAACAGCAAGAACAAACCCUGAAGGAAUUACAGAAGCAGCAGGGUCAAGUGAAGGAGGAGAUGGAGAAGGAGAGGAGUAAAGUGGAGGAGCUGAACAAAGCCAAGAGUGUCCUGGAGAAGAAUAACAGCAGACUGACUUCUGAGUUAAAAGCACUGACGGAGAAGAGCGAGAAGGAGCUAGUUGAGUUACGGGAAGCCAAACAGCUGUUGAUCCAGCAGAAACUGGAGCUGCAGGGUCAGGUGGAGGCGGCUCAGAGUUCCCUCGAGCAGGAGCAGAAAGAGCACCAGGCCACCAAGGACAGCAGGCAACAGAGAGAGGAGCAGCUCCUCGCCCAGACCAAGGAGGUCCAGGAUAAGUUGCUGGCCGAGAAGCGAGCCAGAGAAGAGCAGGUGAAGCGCGGGGAGGAGGCGGAAGCCAAGAUGGCCGUGCAGGUGACGGCACUGAAUGAAAACGUGGCCACGCUGAAGAGGGAGUGGCAGGGCAGCCAGCGGAGAGUCGGUGAGCUGGAGAAGCAGACGGAUGAGCUGAGAGGAGAGAUCGCUGUGCUGGAGGCCACCGUCCAGAACAACCAGGACGAGAGGCGUGCGCUUUUAGAAAGGUGUGUAAAGGGUGAAGGCGAGAUAGAGAAGCUGCAGUCGAAGGUGGUGGAGCUGAGGAGGAAGCUGGACGACACGACGGCGGCCAUGCAGGAGCUCGGCAGAGAGAACCAGUCGCUCCAGAUCAAGCAGUCACAGUCUCUGACCAGGAAGUGGGCCGAGGAUCACGAGGUGCAGAACUGCAUGGCCUGUGGGAAGGGCUUCUCUCUCUCUGUCAGGAAGCACCACUGCAGACAUUGCGGAAACAUCUUCUGCGCCGAGUGUUCGGCGAAGAACGCCCUCACGCCAUCCUCCAAAAAGCCAGUACGGGUCUGUGAGACGUGUUUCGAGGAGCUUCAAGGUUGAUUUCCCUCUCCCAUCCCUUUACCACUCACCCCUUUACCCUCCCCCCCUUCCUACUCCAGCAGACAGAAGAAGGCGUGUCUUCGUCAUAUUUUAAUGUGCACUAUAAAGGACAGACCCAGUGCAAGACUCCCACCUGCAUGUGACUCCUGGCCCUGGCAUGGAGGGAAACAGCUGAAGGGUUUUUUUCAUGGAAGAGACGCCAGAGCCACGUGACGGGAAUCUGGUGGGACUGGUUGGGAUUGUCUGUAUCUGUUUUUGUGCCUUUGCUACUCCUGUGGACUGCCAGAGAGCGGAGACAGUGAGAACUCGACGCCAUCCAUCUCUUUUAAGUUCAUGUUCACAUCUCCAUCGUUGUUUGGCAUCGUUUGCGAUUGCAAGGUAGUUGCAUUUUGUUGUAAAAAUGUUGGGCAUCAGGAGGUGGAAGGUCAGUGUGACACUGCAGGAGUGACCGCGGAAGUAAAUAUUGGGAAUCGCUGCUGCCCUACAAAGGUACACGCAAGUAACUAUUGUGUCCAGGAGAAGUGACAUUUUCUGUGUUUAGCUACGUCAAUCUGACCCUUCACUAAAAAAACUAAAAUACAUUUAGGAUUUUAUUGAAAAAUUAAUGAUUUUGGUGAAGACUAAAAUAUUUUUGGAUAUUUUUUCAGUUUAACAGUGCGUUAACUACACCUCGAACUGCAAACAAAUCAAAUAUGACUCUUUCUGUUAUGAGCUUUUGAUCUAUGGAGGUUUUAUAUCUGUAAAACUCGUGUUUUAAAAAUCUGACCUCGUCUCAAUGUGAAGUCUUCGGGCAGAGCGGGAGCGCGUGGGGGCGGGGCCAGCGGGAGAAACUCUCCACUCAGUGUGCUGCGUAACCAGGAAGUAAACCUGGAAGCUUGGAGGCUUUUCUUUUUUUGGCACCAGGCAAGCAAUUCACAUUGGACUUUGGGUUCUACUUGAAAUCUGUGUCUUGCAACCACUGCUGUGCUGACUGUAUAGUUGUGACUUCACAACCUGACAGAAGAUCAGACAGCUUGUUUUAAGGGCACAGUUUCAGAAUAUGAGCUUUGUGCAUUGAGUGUUUUGAUACUUUCACAGUAUUCGACCUGCUGUAUAAUCAACAAAGACACGGAAACCUCACAAAAUGUGCCAGAAAAAGUUCAUCUGGCCCCAAAACAAGAUGACAAAUUGUCAGUUUACCAGCUGGAGUUUUAAUUUGAUGUUUUUGUGGACAGGAUUGAAUUAAAAUAUGAAGAUUUUAGAUGUAAGGAUGCGUUAUAUUUUCUAAAUUUGAACCAAUGACAAGAACUAGAUCCUUUUUUGUUAACACUGUGUUAAAGUGCCCACCACUUGAGAUUUUAGGGUUAAACCAUCGCUGUAAAAGAAAACAGCUCAUCAGUCGAUUUAUGCACCAGCGAUUUUUUUUUUGUGUACCAGACUUGAAACCAACAUUGAUGUCAAACCUAGUUACUGUGUGUUUCCUUUGUGCGGCAGCGUGUUCGUGUAUUUUGUUGAAAUUAAUGUUUUCACGACCAAAGAAUGUCAGCAGCAGGAAAACAGCCGAGAUUGAAAAAAACCCUGAGUUUGUUUCACGUUUCAGUAUUUUUCAAAGUGUCUCCUUUUGAAAGCUUUUUUUUCUUUUUUGUUUUAAAUCACAGGGUCCUACACUUUUAUCUUGAACGCAGCACGUAUGACGACGCGAGAGGCUUUUUUUCUGUACAGUCUGUUGUGUUUUUAUUCGCUGCGCUGCCACAUUUCUGUCGUUUUGCAAAUCGUGGUGCUUUCUGCAGUCAUCGAAGGUGCCUGCAUGUUUAUUUUAAUUAUUUUUUUUCUCCUGCUGCUCGUCUCCGCUCAACAGCACCAACUACUGCUGGAGCUGUGUGCGCGUAUGUGUGUGCGUAUGUGUGUGUGUGUGCUCUGCUUCCAAGCAAUAACUGUGGCUGUGUGUGACGUUGCUGUAACAGAGUGUGUGUGUGUGUGUGUGUGUGUGUGUGUGUGUGUGUGUGUGUGUGUGUGUGUGUGUGUGUUUUAGUGUUUAGGCCUGCUGUGUUCGUCUGCUGAGAUGCACUGUACGAAUGUCGGCUGCUCAGAAUCUCAGCAUCUCUCUGGCCCGCGUUCAGGGACGUCGGUGCUGCUUUCAGGUGCGGCCGUGACUGUCGGCGACCUGUCCGCCGCCGAGCACACUGUAAAAGUGAAUUCCUGCUUUUGUUUUAAUUUAUAAUUGUUUGACAGAUAUAUUUGGUAAGAUCUUUUUUUUUGUGCAAUCGUCUAGAAAGACUGGAGCGGGCGACAAACACUGUAGGCCAGGUGCGACAACGCAAGGCUGUUCUGGCACUUUUGCAAAACAAGUGGCGUGUUUCAGACUUUGGCUUACCAAAUUAACUCUUUACGCUUGUAUGCUCAUUGGAAAAAUAACAACAUCCAUCUCAAGUUGCAAGCUCUCAAGAAACACCUUCUCUUUUGCGUUUGCAUUGGUUUUGUUAUGUCUACCUCAGAUUGGCACAGGAAAGCACUAUUUCUAAACCUUUAGAGAUCACAAGUAUUGUGUCAUUGCCUGCAUUUGAUCAAGGAUUUGUGAUUUACCCAUCAAGCUGUACAGUCCCCUUCAAACCCAGAGAGAUGAUUUGCACCUUAUUGUAUUCUGGACUCCUCCAGCCACAAAAAAAACAAAAAACAACAGGACCACCACCGACUUUAUACAGGCUUCAGCAUUUCUAGCCCUGAUGUACUUAAACUGCUCAUUAAUACUAAGGCUGUCAUAAUUAUCUUUGUAAAUGUUUGUAAUGAAAGAGAAAAAAAAGGAAAUUAUAUAUAACACUCGUGGAUGUAGAAUCAUGACAACAGUGAAAAUGUACGUGGACUCAUCAGUGUCUUACUCAUUUCUACAGAAUGGCACCACAGACCUGUGCACACUGAAUUGUGGCUUGCUUCGUGUUGCUGUCAGUUAUCAUGCAUGACGACUUAUAACUGGCCUGUGGCUCACACGUUUUCCCCUCUCCAUGUUUUAGAGUCAUCGUAUUCGAUGGUCGUGAAAGGUGUGCCUUAGGCCGACGUCUCGCACGUCUCACACGCACCGUGUUAUUUACCACAGUCAGGGUGACCUCAGCUCACCCGCGGGGACGAGAGGAGUCAUGUAAUUUUGUGUUCACAUGUUCACCAGUUGAUUUUCUAAUUCAUCAUCAUCAUGACAAACGUAAAUAAAAACCAGUAUGUUUCUA